UGUCGAUGCGGAAGUGACGCAUUGAUUGUUUACAGCUGCCUCUCCGUGCCCAGAUAGCCUCAGUUCUGAGCUCUUCAGGCUAAUCGACCGAAGUUUUAUGUUUUCUCUCCUCCGUCGUUGGAGCUGUCGUCGUAUUUCCAAUGGCGGCUCACGGGCUUCUGGGGAACCAGCCUGACUCUAUAGACUACUCGGUGCAUGAAGCCUGGAACGAGGCUACAAAUGUCUACCUGCUGGUUAUCCUGGUUAGCUUCGGCCUGCUCAUCUACGCCAGAAAAAACAAGAGGAAGAUCAUGCGGAUCUUCACGCUCCCUCCCACCGCCGGCAGCAGCCCUGAGCCUAAUUUCUACGACAGCCUCCAGAAGGUACGGCUGCGGCAGCAGCUGGAGAUGUACUCUCUGGUCAGGAAGUUUGAUCAGCAGCAGCAGCAGGAGGCUGAGAGUGUGCAGCUCUCCAUGGAAUGAGAAGAGGAGCGCUCACACCUCUUCCUAGAAAACCCCCAACAGGGAGUUCUGAACACAGAUGGAGGUGGACCUGGAUGGCUGAUGGUACCUGCUCCUGUCUAUGUUCUUACUCGCCUCCGGUCAUCUUGAUCUGAUGCGAGGAGGAUGGAUGAAUAGACAUUUGCAGAUGAUUUGAGGCGCAGCCUGCCAGAGAAGCUGCUUUACAGAAACUGAUAAAGAAAAGCAUGAAUAAUUUAUUAAACAUAAAUCUUUUGCUAGUUUUUACUGUUUGCACAAAUCUAAGCCAGUGAUUGUUAAAGUUAAAAUAGUGGAAUUUAGUAAUGGAAUUAUGGAAUCCUAAAUUUACUAUUUUUAUCAGUUUUUGUUGCUAUUUUAAAAAUGUCUGCUCCGAACAGAAAAUGUGCUAUUAUUUAUGCUUAAACCCCAGAACAUGAAGCUGAUCUGAUGCCAGAGAGAUAGUUUAGCCUAAUAUGUAGACCUCAUCGACCACCUCUGCAGCAGCGUGAACUCAGAGCCCAGCAGCAGGUUUUGUUGGUUUAUGUCCACAGAGAAUCAGCCCUCUGCAUCUUACUUUGGGGGGUUUGAGGACUGCAGCUUUUAGCAGAGGAUGUAGACAGUGUUCAUGUACACGCUCCUAAAAAUCUGCUCAUCAGUCUUCCUGCAUUAUUUGGAGGUGAUGUUAGAAUAUUAAUGCUGUGAAACAAACUGUAAUAUUCUGCUCAUUUACUACUUAGUACUUUAAUUUUGAAAAAAAAAAAAAAUGUAGGCAAUAUGUAAAGGAGGCUUUUUCUAAAUAAUUCUGCAUUUGAAGAUCAUUUCUCUGAAAGGAAAUGGGAAGACAGGCCAAGUUUGGCAGACUGCAUCAACUAUUAACGCAGUGCCGAUCUGAACUCAACAUCACUUCUCUACUAUUUCUGUCUCAGGAGUGGUCAGAUGUUCAACCAGAAUUAUGCCAGAAGCUUGUUGGUGGGUACAAAAAGCAUGUGCUUGAGGUGUUAUUGGAUGAAGGACAUCCAUCCAAAUAUUAAUCUGGGUGUUCAUAUACAUAAUGUAGUUGAGCCUAUGUGGAUUAGAGGAAAUUCACACACAAAUUCGAACAAGUGCCCCCAGUAUUUGUUUUAAAAAAUUAAAGUCGUAUACAAAACCA